AUGGCGCAGCCCGGGCCCGAGGCCCCGCACCCCUGUCAGUGGGGCCGCAAGAUCCGACCAGGUGAUGCCCACUGGGACUCCUAUGCCACCACCAUGAAGACUGCGUUCACGCCCAAGAUGGGAACAGUGCCUGCUUUAAUUCGUCAGAAGAGCCUCCGACGAUUAGGAUACACAUACUCACUUAGUGAUCCUCUUCCCAACCAGACACUGUACAACGAUGAGUACGUUUGGAAGCUACAGUCCAAAGCAGAUUUGAUCAGAGGUUCCACUCCAAAAGACACUGGGAGCCACAGUGAUCACUCUGGUCAAGGCAUCUUUCACUGGACACUACCUCCAGGUCACACAGUGAAGACCUACGUCCCUUGGAAAAUCACUGCUUCCAUGGACGAGAUCAGGAAGGCCAUAUCAAAUCAGUUUAUUUCCCAUACUAGGGGAGACUUUGUAGACAGAGCCAAAGCUCAGAAGAUUAAGCAAAGUUCUCAGAUGUUUCUGGAAUGGAAAAAGUUACUUCCCCAGCCCGCAGACACUGAAUUUCGACGCAAUUAUCAAGUUCCAGCUAAAAUUCCUGAGUUUCAGGAUUUUAGUUUCAAAUAUGGAUGCUACUCGAGCCUACCAAUUGCUUCUCAGGGUCUAGUCCCAUCCGUACUGCACAGCCACAUGAGAAAUCAGGACCGCACAAAGAAGCAGUCCACGUACCAGAGUGACUACGGGAAAGCCUACCUGGAUUUCCUAAUGAUCUUGAACUCAUUUACUCCCUCUCAAGUCGCACAGUACCUGCAGAGCGUCUCCUACAAAGACAGAAAAAUCCUCGAUCGCUUUAUUCACUCACACUGUGAUGUUGACAGAGGGAUAGAAUGA